GGUUAUUUCUGCAAGAAAGAAAAGAAAAUGAGUGAAAGGAAGGAAGCAACACAACACAGCCAGUCCCACAUCUUGACUUUUGGUACUAUAAUCUCACCCGAUUCGUAUUCAUGAAACAAUCUCAUUAUUUCGGUGUUUCCCAAGAAACCCUCCAAUUCAUUUCAAUUUCCGCUUAAUCCAAACGCGCUUAAUUCUUCUUCGAAUCUCUGCACAAACAAAUGGUUUCGUACAUGAACAUUCUACUCUACGGCGUCGGAGGCUUAGUCGUCGCCGGCAUGGCAUUGCUCGUCGCGUUUCAGGAGAAGCUUGUUUACGUUCCGGUCUUACCAGGUCUCACCAAAUCCUACGCUAUCACUCCUUCUCGUCUCAGACUCACCUAUGAAGAUAUCUGGCUUUCUUCUUCUGAUGGUGUUCGUCUUCAUGCUUGGUUCAUCAAGCUUUUUCCUGAUACCAGAGGUCCAACCAUUUUGUUUUUCCAAGAAAAUGCUGGAAAUAUUGCCCAUCGCCUAGAAAUGGUUCGUAUAAUGUUGCAGCAGUUACAAUGCAAUGUUUUCAUGCUUUCUUACAGAGGUUACGGAGCAAGUGAGGGCUCUCCUUCUCAGAAGGGAAUUACUAAGGAUGCUCAGGCUGCAUUGGAUCAUCUUUCGCAGAGGUCUGAUAUUGAUACAUCUAGAAUAGUUGUAUUUGGACGGUCACUUGGGGGUGCAGUUGGAGCUGUACUAACAAGAAAUAACCCUGAAAAGGUUGCUGGACUGAUACUUGAAAACACUUUUACGUCUAUAUUGGAUAUGGCUGGAGUUUUGUUACCCUUUUUGAAGUGGUUUAUUGGAGGUAGCGGUACAAAAGGUCCUAAGCUACUCAAUUGUGUUGUACGUUCUCCAUGGAGUACUAUUGAUGUUGUUGGAGAGAUUAAGCAGCCUAUCCUUUUUCUUUCUGGAUUGCAAGAUGAGAUGGUCCCCGCAUCACAUAUGCAAAUGCUAUAUGCUAAGGCAGCUGCUCGUAAUAAUCGGUGUCUCUUUGUUGAGUUUCCCACUGGCAUGCAUAUGGAUACUUGGCUAGCUGGUGGUGAUCAGUACUGGAGAACAAUUCAACAGUUUCUUGAACAACAUGCUCCAGAGAGAAAUGAUGCUGGUGCAAGGUGAUUGGCUGACAUUAGAUUAUUGCAAUGAUACUAAUUGGCUAACUAAGGAUUCAAACAGUUGCAGCCCGUAAGAGCCCUCUGUGAAAAGAUGCUUCCUGCUGGGACAUGCCGCGCCACUGCAGGCUAUUUCAUUGGACAAUUUUGGUUGGAUUGGUUUUCAGAACUUGAAAGAUGCCUAGACAAUUUGUGAUUCCUUUUGCUAUACUGUACAUCUACAUUCUGGAUGCCUAAUCAAAUUUGACAAGUGUCUUGUAGAAUAAUAAUUCAUUAAUGCCAUAUAUACAUGUGUAUGUACUGUUAUUUAUGCUGUUAUUAAAGAAUGGGUUCUUUUCUUUCCUACUAA